UUUUCAUCCUUAUUUUCCUUCUCUUUCACUGAAUCAUGGAAGAUCAAGUCCAAGACACCAAUAAUCAGCCAAGCCAUGGCUCUGAAAUUGAGAGAAACGAACCGGUGAGAUCCAGGUGGACACCGAAACCCGAGCAAAUCCUUAUACUUGAAUCCAUCUUCAAUAGUGGUAUGGUAAAUCCUCCAAAGAACGAAACUGUGAGAAUCAGAAAAGUGCUUGAGAAAUAUGGCUCAGUUGGUGAUGCCAAUGUUUUCUACUGGUUUCAAAACCGGCGGUCUAGGUCUCGCCGGAGGCAACGACAAAUUCAGGCUAACCUUGCUGGAGAACAACAAACUCAGACUUCAAGUUCUGGUGGUUCAAUUCAGUGUGAAAAUACCAGUUCUAAUUCUGCUGGUUUUGCUUCCAAUUCACUGUGUUCCCCUAUGUGUUCUGUGUCUUAUAGCCUCAUCGGCUAUGAGAAUUACGAUAAUCUCUUCUCAUUUUCCGGCGCCCAUCCGGGCCUCCAGGAUAUUGAGCAAAGCCCUUCAAUUUAUUGCCCUGCUGAAACUUCUAACUUGCAAUAUCAGUCUGGAUUGAUUGCAGUGUUUAUCAAUGGAAUUCCAACAGAAGUACCUCGGGGGGCGGUGGACAUGAAAUCCAUUUUUGGUGAAGAAUUUAUCUUAUUUCAUUCGUCAGGAGUACCAGUUCAAGUAAAUGAGUUUGGUUUUCUGCUGCAGAGUUUGCAGCAAGGUGAAAGCUAUUUCCUGAAUUCAUAUGAGUUAAUUAACAAAGGAAAUUUUGUUAUUGAUUUGAAAUAUGAUUGGUUCCAAGAAAUUCUUAAAUUCAAGACUGAGGGUGUUGGGGCCUGGGGCUGUGUUUAUAUUAUGGAAACUAGAGGGAAAAAGGUGGUGAUGGUUUCAAAUAAAGCAAUAUGUUAUAGAAGAAAACACAUUCAAGCCUUGUCCAAAGAAUCACAAAGACACAUUCAAGCCUUGUCCAAAGAAUCACAAAGACGUUAUCUCUUUUUACAAAUUCUUCUAAAUAUCAUUCUCAAUGUGGCUUUAGAAAAUGCUUUUGAGUCUUUUACAUUCUUUUUCAAAAGUGGCAUAGUUCUUCAUCAGCAUGACAUUCUUCUUACUCAAAUUUAUGACCCUAACCCUGAUACCUUCUUGGAAAAGAAAAUUUCAGAGUUUGGUAAAUCCAUGAUGUAUGAGUGCAUGCAUUCUUCGUUAAAACUAAAAACGGCUCUUCUAUUUCCAGAAUUCAAUGAAGAGAUGCCAAACUUGGCUUUCAACACUGAGAAAUUUAAAAAGGCCACAAAUCUUUGUUCUAACAUUUUGAUAGAGUUAAAUUCAUAG